AUGAGGGCUAUUCAAGAGUUGGAUACCCUUUUAGCAGAAACUGAAACCGGUAAGAUUAAGCUUAGUCUUACUCUUAAAGAUCUAGCAUAAUUGCAUCACUUACAAUCAAGACUUCAGGAGUGUAAGUUUCUCAAUUCAAUUUACUCAGAGGAAAGCAGAAUUAAGUAGCUCUUUCUUUUUCAUUUUAGAUAAUACCUUAACAGAGCUGUUACAGUUAAUCUCUAAAUCUAAGAAGAAUUGUGUUCUAUUAUAGAGUCCAAAAUGGAUUCUAUUACAGUAACUCAUUUAAUAAAUAAUCAAGUCUAACUUUAAAUACUUGGAUAAACUAAUUCUAUAUAUUUUGAAUUAAACUAUGAAUAGAACAACCAUGAAGAGUGUGCUUAAAUAAAUUAGCAAAAUUAUUUUAGGAAGCAAUAAUUUCACCUUACUACGAUUUCAAGAAAAAUCUAUCGAGAGUGUCUCUACUGAUGAGUUUAUUGAGGUAUAUAAACCUUCUCAAAAUAGUAAUAACUCACUCAACAAUAGAAAUUACAACUCUACUAAUAAUUUCGUGGUGAUCAGCUAGAAAUCAUCACAUUUUAACCUACUGAUCAGUUGCAAUAGAUAUUCAAAUGCAGUUUUUUAUAAGUAAUUAGGGUUCCACAAAAAAUGAAUGCUUAAACCCAUUCCUCACUCAUUAUAUAUGAGGCAUAACAACUUGCCUAAUUGCCCCUAACAAAACCUCAUCAAAUUAAAUUGAUUUGUGAUCAACUUAUUACUAUAGGUUAUGACUAUUUAAAUGAGAAUUUCCAGUAAACAUUUCUGCUCAUUAUCAUUUAGUAAAGAUGAUUUAAUCAAUUCAGUCAGAGCCAUUGGGUAAUUUUUAAUAAAAAAUGCUCCAAUCUUAUUUUAAGAAUGCAUUAGAAAUGAAAUCCAAAAAAAACUCAAUACAAAAUGGUAAACGGUUAAUUUUAUUAAAAGUGAAAUAAUUUAAUCAACUAAACACUCAAAAGACACUAGCUAUGCGAUAUUAGAAAACUAAACAAAAUGUUUUAUUCCAGUUAUGUCAAAUCAGGUUAUUUAAUUUUAUUUACAUAUGGAAAAUGUCUCUCUAGAUAUAAUCACUUUUGCAGAUUUUGUAUAUAUCCAUCUAAUCUAAAUUAGAUGUCACAAUUAUGGUAACACUUUAAGCAUUGCUUAAGAGAGUUAAAGGAUAAAGAAUUCCUAUACUAGAUCAUUGAAGUAAGUACACCAACCAAAUUAGUAAUUGCAUCUGAUCUACAGCAAAAUAUCAUCUAUUAAAGCGGUUCUGUACCAUCUUCAUGGAAUUUCUUGGAUCUAAGCAAUUAGUAAAUUGAUUGUUACUAAAAUCUGACAGAAAUAAAAAUGGAAGAAAUCUAUAAAAUAAUGUUACUAUCAUCUUUAGACGAAGUUUAGAAAAGCAAAAAAGGUGCAAUCGAUGCUGGAUAAAUCAUAUAUCAUGAUAAAUAUGUUGAUAUCGCAAUAUACGUGAAAAAGGAUGAAAAAAAUGAAAUAAACUAAUUCUUUAUUGUAUUUGAUCAACCAAAGAAAAGAUUUGAAUCAUAACGUUAGUCAAAAAGUGAAAUUAAAGAAUCAGAAACUCUGGCAAGUUUAAAAUAAGAGAAAAUUGAAAAAGCUUGUUUAGUGUUAUAAGAGACAUUAAAUCUAAAUCUAAAAACAGAGGAAAUUAUUGAGAUGCUCAAAGAACAUGCGUUGAUGACGAUUAUUGAACAAAAAGAAUAAAUUACUGAAGACAUUAGAUAAACAUAUGUUUUAGAAUAUUAUCGAAACUCUGAACAAGUGUAAACAUACCGCAGAACAAUAAGCGAGCCUGAUACUCCUUUUGCAACUAAAACUUUAAUUCAAGAACAAUAAUUGACUAAUGCAAAAAGUAAUCAAGUAUUUAAUAAAAUAUUAGAAAUGGAAUUAUUUUAAUUAAGACCUGAUGAUAAUGAAAAUUUAGCAAAUUGGUGCUUUGAUAUCACAGUUUAAAAGGAUUAAAUAAAACAUUAUACUUGGGCAAUGUUCCAUUUAUUAAAUUAUUUUGACAAAUAUUAGAUGUUUAAGGAAACGUUUUUUCAAUUUUUAGUUGCAAUAGAAGAGAGAUACAAUAGUCGACGUAAUCCCUUUCAUAAUUUUGAGCAUGGUUUUACUGUGGCUCAUGCAUGUUAUUAUAUGAUAAAAAAUAAACUCUUAGAUGAAUAUUUAGAUGAAACAGAAUAAUUUGCAGCAAUAUUGUCUUCUUUAUGUCAUGAUAUAGAUCAUACUGGUCGCACGAAUGGAUUUGAAGUAGCAAGAAUGUCGAAAUUGGCCGUUCGUUAUAAUGAUGAAAGUGUUUUAGAGAAUCAUCAUGCAACUAUGACUUUUAAAAUAAUGUAAAGGGAGAAAUAUAAUAUUUUAUCUAAUCUUUCUUAAGAAUAAUUUCAAAAGGUGAGAAGAUUCAUGGUCUCAAACAUCUUAGCAACAGACAUGAAGAAACAUUUUGAUUUAGUUUCUUAAUUAGAGAUCAAGUAUAAAAAUGGAGAAAUGAAUAUUAUCAAUACUGAAACUAAGCGUGUCUUAUCUGGACUGAUAGUUCACACUUGUGAUUUGGCAUAGCCUACAAAGAGAUUUGAAAUCACUAAGAAAUGGUCAAUAAGAAUUUAGAAUGAGUUUGACAAUCAAGUAGAGGAAGAAAGACUGUUGGGUUUACCAAUAACUCAGCAUUUGGUUUGCUAAAAUUUACCUAAAUAAGAAUUGUCAUUUAUUAGAGUAUAUAUAAUUUUAAUAUUAGAAUAUCAUUUAACCAUUAUAUGUAUUGACGUCCUCAAUUUUGAAUAAUGGACUAAAGGUUGCUUUGUAGUGUUUAGAAGAGAAUGA